AUGCCGCCCAUGAUGAACUCCAACGUGUCCUACGCGAAGCACACCCUACCCUACCCUAUCUACAGCGCCGAAUUCGACCCCUACAACCGCGGAUACCUACUUGUCGCAGGUGGCGGUGGAGAGAGCAAAACGGGCAUUCCCAACCAAAUAACUCUUCUAGAUGUCGAUAAUCGCGCAUGUAUUGAAACCGCGGCCGAAAUCGACCUGUCACGAGAAGAAGACUCACCACAAUCGAUAGCGAGUUUGGCAACUAAGAAUGGCCUCAUCACCUAUGUGGGCAUCAACUCCCCGCAAAACGAGCAAGACCAGGGCACCAAUGAGCAUUUCCGGGCUAUAGAGAUCACCUACCCACCUCGAAAGCGCCAGAAGACCGACUCAUCCAGCGGCGAUGAAAAAGCCACCCUCCAGAAGCUCGGCAAGGGCUCGAUCUUCAAAUCGGCCAAGGGGCCUCGCCAGGAGAAAUACCAGCGCUUGACACGCCUCUCGCCCGCCGCAUCCCCACGCCAGAACGACCGUCCAAGCCGCCGGAUAGGCGCCAUCGCAUCCUCCUUAGGCAAGCAGAACGAAGUCGUCGUUUUCGAUGCCACCGUCAGCAUCCCACGCCAGCCAGACAUUCUCACCCGAAUCGACCUUCCGGACAAGCAAGAGGCUGCAGAUUUGGACAUUGCCAACACAGACGAAGACGAGUUUAGCAUUGCAUACUGCGAUAACUACGACCUCUACGAGCAGACGUUCAAAUACGACUUUGACAAGAAGAAGGUGGAGAAGCGGCCUAAUGGACCGCGUCGUGUACACCAGAUGCCGCAUGGGGAUAACUUUCAGAAGGCUGGCAGUCGUUCGAAGUUUAGGUGUCUGAGAUUCCUGAAUUCGCAGAAUCUGGUUACCGUUGUGAACAAGCCUGGCAAGAGUGGUGCAGAGUUGCGGAUAUUUCACCUGUACCCCACUGGCCCAGCCCUUCAUAUGGGCGAGAAGAAGCUACCAUCACGCAUCAAGCAGGCUAACAGCCUGGACGUCUGUGCGCUGGACGCUGACCAGAAUGGCAACCAGCAGUUCAUCAUUGCCGUAGCAGGCCAGGAUAACAGUAUCGAGGUCUAUACUGUCGACUAUCAGGCUGCCACAGAAACCUUCUCGUCCAUUCGAGGCUUCCUCACCCUGCGUGAUGUUCAUAAGCAGGUGAUUACCAAGGUGGUCUGGGCGCUAUUCCAUUCACCUACACGCGCACAUGACCAGCCUACGACAGGAAGUGACGGUCAGCCAAUCAAGAGAGAGCAUCCUGGACCACAGUACGUCCGCCUAGCCUCUACUAGCAUCGGCAAUACGGUUGUAAUCGACACCUUUCCGCUGCAACCUCUCGAGCCCAAGAAAGGCGACUCGCGAUACGUUCUGAGUCACCCCAACGAUCGGUACUUCUGGACAGGAGCAUACAUCCUCGUUAUCUCGGUCGUUGUACUAGUCACUGCAUUCCUCCUCACAGCCUUCAGCUCAGGCUUCGUUGAGACUGACGUCGGACCCUUCAGCUUCCUCCCACAAGGCGUCAAGGACUUCCUCGACAUGCCUGCAGGCGCCGCCUACAACCGCGCAGGCUACUCCAAAAUCACGCCCGAUGUCCCUGCCGCCUCGACAGCCCCCAAUCUUCGCUCAGCCAUUGCUGAGCAUCACGCAUCGCCCGAGGACGCGCAAGCCACUGCUGUUGUUAUCCGCGACGUGCCGGAGGGCGACGGUCUGGAGGUCCACGUGCACCCAGAGAAGGACAAGUACUUGGAGAAGGACGUGCACGCGAAGCACUGGCACGAGCUGGAGGAGCACGAGAAGGCUUUCUGGAAGGAGAAGCUGAUCAAGGCUGGACAGUGGGUAGAGGGUGAGGGUGAGAGCAUUCUGAAGGGUGUACUUUGGUCCACGUACGCUGGCCUCGUUGGCCAGGCUGGGCAGGCUGUUUUGAGAGAGCUUUGA